AUGUUGUUUGCCUUUGUGCUGCUCUUGUUGGUGGCAGAGAUUCACUCGGCCAUUCAAUCGCGGUUCACAAAUAUUGAGUGCAAGAUGCUAGAUCCAUCCUAUGCCGUCUAUGAGCAAUGUAAACUGAAAGUUCUUGGUCGUGGUAUCGUUGGAUUGAAUGUAAAAGCGACCCUGAAGAAGGGCCCCUUCAAUAAUGCCAAGAUCAAUAUGAGCCUUUGGCGGAAAUUUAAUGGCUACCAUCCCUUUCUUGUGAAUUCCACCUUUGAUUUCUGCAAGUAUAUGGACAAGUCAACCAGGAAAAUGUCAUAUGAGAAAGUGCUUAUGGAUUACUUAAAUAAAAACUCGAACUUGAAUCAUUCUUGCCCUUACGAAGAUAGUAUAAUUAUAAAAAACCUGGUCUUCGACGCCAACUUUUUCAAGUUUCUCCCAUGGCCACCAGGCAACUAUAUGUUCCAGCUUAUGGCAGCUACCGAUAACGACUGGAAAACAGUCGUUAACGUACACUUCAUCAAUACUGAAAUCAAUGACUGA